AAGACGGAUUCGGUUUCUUAUCACAACAUAUAUAACUGAUGAUAAAGUUAGCGCGUUAGUUUAUGUCUAGGACUGCAAGCAACGAUGCUUUACGUGUUUCUUCUCUUACUUCAUAUUGUUGAAGUAUUGUGUGGUUCCCGGCUUGUGGAUGGCCCCACACCGCUGCAAGAUCGAGUAGAGGCAGAAAUAUUAGGACAGAAUCAAUCAAUCUGCUCUCUCGGAUUUGACUCCCGAGCCGCCAACGUAAUAUGUUCCUCUUUGGGAUACAGGGGCGCGACACAGCUAUGGCGAUAUUCCAAGUUCGGUGCUGGGAACAUGCCAUUAUACAGUCGACUUAUAACAUGUUUUGGGAACGAAUCUUCACUUGAUAUGUGCAACCAUUCAAGUAUUCACAUUAUCGGAUGUGACAACAGCACGGUUGUCGGCGUAGAAUGUCAGGGUGACGCUAUCAAGCUAGAGACGCUUUUCAACAGCCGACCUUAUGAAGGGGUAUUAGUUGGAUUUCAUGGGAAUAUGGAAUAUAACUUCAUUGGGGACAUAAGCAGUGGCACUGCGAAACAUAUGUGUACACUGCUUGGAUAUGGCCACGUGGGAUUCUCUACUCCAACUUUACCCGGAACAAUGUUAGGGCUUUUCAAGGAACAUGUAGCGUGCAAGGGAUCCGAGACUUCCGUCAGUGAAUGCAACGACUACAUACUUCAAGGGUUAAGACUGGGUCCUGAUGGCAUUCUCCUCAUGCAGAUAGACAGUAGACAUUGGGCGGUGUAUGAAGACGAGUUCUCUCCACAAACUGCUGAAGCAGCUUGUAAAAUCAUGGGUCAUAAGGGAUUUAAGACAUUUCGUACUGAAUUAUCUGGUCCUAAAGAUGUCGAAGUAUUAGGAUCAUUUGUUUGCUUUAACAACGCUGCCAGGCUGGAAGAUUGUCAUCUAAGGCACCUCUUCAGUCGGCGUCCAUACGACCUGAGUUCGGUGUGCGAUGUUUGCGUUAAGCACGUGGUGCUCACAUGUCACAACGGUACGCAAUCCGACUUUGGUCCUGCUUUUGUUGGAUAAAUUGCCUUGAUGAAACAUUCGUAUUCUAAUCAGAACUGAAAAGCUCAAGUGAGUCACAGCGUAAAUAAACAGUAAAUAAGAUUA